GACCAACCACGGAAAUGUAGGGCAGAAAGGAAAAGGAAGACGACACCAGAGGCAGAAAGGUUUCGUGUACAGAGUGUACAGGCUGUCAGCUGUUCAACUUCUCCAUCAUCAUGUUACGUGAAAGUGUUUUAAGUUCAGUUUUGGUCCACUGAGUCCCCGUCGAAGUGGGGAAAGUGCUGUUUAAUCGUUGCAAUUUCAGCAGGAACCUUUUAGCUACGUGCCUGAUUUCCACACGGAAUACUGUCAGACCGGGACCGUAAAUAAUAUACCGUCGUAGGUGUUACUGCGGUUCGGUAGAGGGGAAAAACAAGAGGAUUUUAUUAAGAAAAACCACCGUUUCAAUGAAACAAGUCGGCAUUUUUACUCGAGGUGAAAGCAGAGUCGUUAAGUUUGCUGGUUUCGGUGACAAAGUGUGAAUAGUUUCAGUGAUGGAUUCGUGUCGGCGGACAGGACUCAGCGGGGUCCUGUGCUCCCUGUCACUGCUGUGUGUCAUCCUGGACAUCCAGCUGGACGGGGUCCUGGGGGCAACUCAUGUUGAGAUUGAGCACCACUUGGAGAUGGGCCGCAAACUUCUGGCUGCUGGUCAGCUGGCCGAAGCCUUGUCCCACUACCACUCUGCUGUGGAGGGAGACUCUAAGAACUACCUGACGUACUACAAGCGAGCUGCGGUGUUCCUGGCGAUGGGGAAAUCCAAAUCCGCCCUGCCAGACCUGACCAGAGCCAUCCAGCUCAAGCCUGACUUCCUGGCUGCCAGGUUGCAGAGAGGGAAUAUCCUGUUAAAGCAGGGCAACACACAGGAGGCCAGGGAGGACUUUGAAGCAGUACUGCAGCGCUCUCCAGACCACGGAGAAGCUCGGGAUCAGCUGAUGAGAGCCAACGAGCUGGAGGAGCUGCAAGAGGAGGCCCAUGGUGCAUACCACCAAGGGGACUAUAGUGCUACCAUCAGUGUGCUAGAGAGAGUCAUUGAGAUCUCCCCCUGGGAUCCUGAGUCGCGGGAGCUUCGUGCAGAAUGUUACAUCCGAAUGGGGGAUCCCCAGAAAGCCAUCCAGGAUCUGACACCGACCACGAGGCUACGCAAUGACAACCGUGCUGCCUUCCUGAAGCUCAGCAUGCUACACUACAGCCUUGGAGAGCACCACGAGUCACUCAAUCACAUCCGAGAGUGUCUGAAGCUGGACCAGGAUGACAAAGAGUGUUUCAGCCACUACAAGCAGGUGAAAAAGCUCAGCAAGCAGCUGGACUCUGCAGAAGAGCUAAUUCAGAUGGAGAGAUAUCAGGAAGCCAUUGAUAAGUAUGAAUCAGUGAUGAAGACGGAGCCAAAUGUCCCAUACUACACCAACCUGGCCAAAGAGAGGAUCUGCUUCUGCUUUGUCAAGUUAAAGAUGGCUCAUGAGGCGAUAGAUGUGUGUUCAGAGGCUCACCAGAGAGACCCUCGAAACGCUAACAUCCUCCGAGACCGAGCCGAGGCGUACAUCUUGAACCAGGACUAUGAGAAAGCUGUGGAGGACUACCAAGAGGCAAGAGAGUUUGAUGACAACCAUGAAAUACGAGAAGGGCUGGAACGAGCACAGAAACUGCUCAAACUCUCGCGUAAGAGGGACUACUACAAGAUCCUCGGAGUCAGCAGGAAUGCUAACAAGCAGGAGAUCAUCAAGGCGUACAGGAAGCUGGCACAGCAGUGGCACCCGGACAACUUCCAGUCCGAGACUGAGAAGAAAGAAGCGGAAAAGAGGUUUAUCGACAUUGCGUCGGCUAAGGAGGUCCUCACUGACCCAGAAAUGAGGCAGAAGUUUGACGCAGGCGAGGAUCCCCUCGACCCUGAAAAUCAGCAAGGUGGAGGAGGAAGAGAACAAGCCUGGCCUUUCCACUUCGACCCCUUUCAGUCCGGCGGCAGCUUCCACUUCAAGUUCCACCAUAACUAGAUUUGUGGACUUGACGACCAUGAGGGGCGUGGGGACACCAGGGGAAGAUCAGUGGCGGAUUUACGGAGGAGUCUUCCUUUGAACUCGUGCUUGGAUUCAGUUUUGUCAGUUACUUGAAACAGUGAAAAUUGACCACAGAAACAAAGGACCUGACUGUGGCGACUGUUGAAUGAACUUGUCGCUGUGGUUGGAGAAAAUGAAAUCUUGUGUCAACACUUCAGAUCCUUAGGAAUGGAAAAAGCGGUGGCGGAAAGCAGUCGAUGUGGGACGUUUGGAUUGUCAGCUCUAAUUACUCCUUUCUUUCUUUGUGCCAUUUUUGGAACAUUUUAUCAAGACUCUUUUUUCUUUAAUGCAGUAGCUCCUGUUUGGACAUUACACAGGACUGUCAGUGUGUUGGUUUCUGCUUGCAGUAUUCUUCUAAGAGGAAAUAACAUGUUUACUGAUUUCAGUCUACUGAUUUUUGAUCACAUCAGACCCUUUCUGUUCUAGAGAACCAAGGUUUUUAUACAUGAAGACAUGAGGAGGCAUUUUGUUGAGCUUCUACAUCAGUGGUAAGUAGGUGAGACUUCAGCACUAUGAAGUGGAGCUUCAUGUUAAAAGUUUUGAAAUCAUUUGGACCUUAAAUCAGUGCCACUCUGUUAUUGUGUACAGUUUUGUUUUAAAUUACAGAUUAGUCUUCUGUGGGUAUCUAAUUGGAAUAAUGUGUGAAUUCUGCAUUUGGGUAGAAACAUUUUAUCUUCAGCAGCCCAUGUGUCCACCCUCCAACAUGAUGGAUGUAAUGUGAUGAGAACUUGGUUAAUAUUAAUAUUAUGGAUGAGAAGAGAAGGAAUUGGUGACUGAAUCAAGAGUUGUAGUAUUUCGCUCUUUUCUUUUUCACUCAUUUCAAAGCACGUCUUUGAAAACUCGCACUUUUACCCUUAUGUUUGAAAAACCACUCCACACGUCCUCCACUCCUGAAAUGUUACUGUAGGCUUUUUAAAAAGUCAUUCAAAGACUCUUUACAAACCAGGUGUGUCUUCAAUGGUUAUCUGAGAGCCUCGUUUACAGAAUGUGUGCAGUUCAUAACCAGUUCAUUUGGAUAAUAUUUGCUCUUCCUGAGGGACAGUUUGAAACAGAAUCCAUUCAGUAGCAGAGUCAAAGUUUAACUUCGUAAACGAGGCCUCAGUUUUACAGCCAAGGAAGACUUGCGACGGUUUAACUGUAAAGUAAGGUGACAUUCUUUGUAGAUUGACUUUUAAGCACAAACUAAAUUAUUUUGUCAAUAACAGCUUAUGGAUACAGCGAUUGUAACAGCUUUGAAUCUUAUCUAACGCUCGACUGUGUGAACCAGAUGUGUCAAGCUCUUUGUAUUUCAGUUGAUUCGGUGGGACUGUUUUUGUUUCUGGGUUUUCUGCUGUUAGUGGCUUCAGUUUUACUGUUGCCAAACUGAAUCACCUGACCUGCUCAAGUGUAUUAAAAUACUGAAACAAUCAAA